AUGACAAGAUUCUUGAUAUCUUGUAUUUCACUCGUUUUACUAGUCGUAUGCACAUGGCAAGUCUCUGCCAAAGCUACAGUCGAAGCCAAUGGUGCUCCCGGUCAAAUGUGUUAUGCAGAUGCCUACAAUUCAGUUCAUGGUGGCUGGAAUAGAACUUAUGCGCCCAAUGAUCCUCAGCAAAUCUACAUUUCUUUGACAGAUGAUGCCGAUUUUGCACGUGUUCAAUUUGCCACAUUGGGUGAAAUUAAGCAAUCGACACUACAGUAUUGGCCCAAACAUAACAAGAGAAAGAGUGUUACUAUCCAAGGACAGGAUUGGACAUUUGUGGAUGGCGGCCUUGCUCAGCGCAAAUUAUAUCUUCAUAAACUCAAGACAAAGGCACUCAAGGCAGCGACAGUGUAUCAGUACAAGGUCGGAUCCAUGAACGAGUCGAGUGUGAAAUGGUCCACAACGUAUGAAUUUCAUACUGCACCAAAGAAGAACGAUUUCAGUUUUAUUGCAACUGGUGAUGUAGGUGCCUGUAAUGCUGUUGCUGUGCCUCACAUGAAGGACCUUGCCAAGACGCAUAAAUUCGAUUUUGUAACCCUGGCUGGAGACCAGGCUUAUAAUUUGGACGACUUUAAUGGCACUAAAGGCGAUGAGUAUCUGAACUUCAUGCAGGAUUUGUAUGCUCAGGUGCCUUACUUGGGUGCAGUUGGCAAUCAUGAAGGAGCCUAUAAUUUCAGUCAUUACAAGAAUCGAUUCAACAGUGUGCCUUAUGCUGAAUCGAAAUUCGACAACUCACUCAUGUAUUCCAUCAACUACAAAUCAUUGCACCUUGUGUCCUUCUCCACCGAAGUUUAUUUUACAGGCACCACCGAGGAGAUCAAGACUGCCAUCAACUGGUUGGACGCUGAUCUUGCAGAGGCCAACAAGCACAGACACACACGACCUUGGAUCAUCUUUUUGACACAUCAUCCUAUUUAUUGUUCCGUCAACAGCUCGGAUUGCUCCACCAAGGCAGCUACAAUUAAAAAUGGACCGGUUGAUCCUGCUACAAAUUUAACAUGGGGUGGUUUAGAGGACAUUUUGCUGAAGCACAAGGUUGAUAUCUACAUGAGUGGUCAUGUUCACAACUAUGAAAGAACGUAUCCAGUGUCCAAAGGAAAUCUCAUCACCAAAUCGUACCACAAUGCACCUAGCUUCUUUCAGAUCGUGAUUGGUAAUGCCGGUCAGCCUGAAGGGCCCACUCAGUUUGGCGAUGGUCCAUUCCCUGCUUGGUCUGCUAAGCGUUAUGGUAGCUUUGGCUUCUCUACAUUCAGAGUGACACCUACCACCAUGAAUAUUGUUCAUCACCAAGCAAAUGUGGAUGGCACUUUGGGUGGUGUUAUCGAUCAAUUCACAGUGUCUAAGGAUUUGCCAAAGAACAGCAAUGCAAAACGAGACAUUUGCGUUGUAUAG